CCUGUGCCUGAUCCUCUAGCACAGGAAAGGAGCGGAGUUCUGAGCUCCCCGGCGCGACGCGUCAAGUAGCAGCGCCGUCGGCCUCGGAGGCAGAGCCGGAAGCUCUACGGUUUGACCCCCCGAGACCCCCGGUUUUCGUAAGGGCUGUUUUCUUCCUCGCGACCCGCUCCGCCUCCUAUCCUCCCCCUUGCCCAGAGGCCGAAGCCUCCGGCCAGGGCUGGGCGGCGCAACCCAAGCUCCCAGACCCGGAAGAAGCGCCAUCUCCCGCCUCCACCAUGGAGCCCACCGCGCCGUCGCUCAGCGAGGAGGACCUAACUGAAGUGAAGAAGGAUGCUUUAGAAAAUUUGCGAGUAUACUUGUGUGAGAAAAUCAUAGCUGAGAGACAUUUUGAUCAUCUUCGUGCAAAAAAAAUACUCAGUAGAGAAGACACUGAAGAAAUUUCUUGCCGAACAUCAAGUAGGAAAAGGGCUGGAAAAUUGUUAGACUACUUACAAGAAAACCCCAAAGGACUAGACACCCUUGUUGAAUCUAUUCGGCGAGAAAAAACACAGAACUUCCUGAUACAGAAGAUUACAGAUGAAGUGCUAAAACUUAGAAAUAUAAAACUAGAGCAUCUGAAAGGACUGAAAUGUAGCAGCUGUGAGCCUUUUCCAGAUGGAGCCACGAACAACCUGUCUAGAUCAAAUUCAGAUGAGAGUAAUUUCUCUGAAAAACUAAGAGCAUCCACUGUCAUAUAUCAUCCAGAAGGAGAAUCCAGCACGGCCCCCUUUUUUUCUACUGAUUCUUCUCUGAAUUUGCCUGUUCUAGAAGUAGGCAGAACUGAAAAUACUAUCUUUUCUUCAACUACGCUUCCUAGACCUGGAGACCCUGGGGCUCCUCCCUUGCCACCAGAGCUGCAGCUAGAAGAAGAAGGAACUUGUGGAAACUCUAGUGAGAUGUUUCUUCCCUUAAGAUCACGUGCUCUUUCACCGCAAUGACAGUUUAUCGCCUUUUAAUGUUUUUAAUAAUGACAAAUGUUUUAAAGGCUAUGAAUCUUUUUAUAAAAUUGCUAUAAUGAUUUAUUUACAUUUAAUACAUGUCUUUUAAAGUACAAUGUAAGCAUACUUUGUAAAUAGAACUUUUAGAAUAAAAGACAAUACUUUUAAUGUAGCUAAAUGUAAAUCAUGUUGCUCAUGUACCUUUCAGUAUUUUCCAUUUUUCUUCCUUUUUUAGGUGUUUCUGUGUUUUCAAAUAUUUUAUAUUUUAAGACUAAUUUUAAUAGGGAAUAUUUCUCUAUUUGAGAAUAGACUCUGUAGGCUGAGAAUAAUGUUUCUUCUCAGUGUAGUUGUACUAGAAAUUUUCAGAGUCUAAUAGUCCUUUCCAACCAUUCAGCAGCACAUUUUCAGCUUUAAGCUGCUCCUAUUCAUUAGUAAAUCACUGAUGGGAAAACUGCCAAUAUA